AUGGACAUGGAUAACAUGCUCGGUGGGGGCGGGGGAGGAGGAGCGAUAGGACAAUUCCCGUUGGAGCAAUGGUUCUAUGAGAUGCCGGCCUGUACGCGGUACUGGACUACAGCUACAAUAAUCACAUCAGUGCUCGUUCAGUGUCAUGUCAUUACGCCAUUCCAACUCUUUUACAGCUUCAGGGCUGUAUUUGUGAAGAACCAGUACUGGCGACUAAUAACGACCUUCCUCUACUUCGGCCCCCUCUCGCUCGACCUCCUCUUCCACGUCUUCUUCCUUCAGCGCUACUCCCGCCUCCUCGAAGAGUCAUCAGGUCGCUCUCCCGCUCAAUUUUCAUGGCUGCUCGUCUACGCCACCACGCUCCUGCUAGCCCUUUCUCCUAUGCUUAGCAUACCUUUCCUAGGAUCCGCCUUAUCGAGUUCUUUGGUGUACAUAUGGAGUAGAAGGAAUCCGGAGACGAGAUUGAGCUUUCUAGGGUUGCUGGUGUUCACGGCGCCGUAUCUGCCAUGGGUCUUAAUGGCAUUCAGCUUGGUAUUGCAUGGGACUGUGCCGAAGGAUGAGAUCUGUGGGGUUAUUGUUGGGCACAUUUGGUACUUCUUCAGUGACGUCUAUCCGUCCUUACAUGGCGGCCAACGGCCCCUCGAUGCGCCGCGAUUCUGGAGGAACUUGUUCGAGAGACCGCCAGCUGACACGGGAGCCGCGCCGAUCAAUAAUGAGAUUGCCGCAGCUGCAGCGCCGGAAGUACGGUGA